AGAAUCUGUUAUCAGUGUACAGUAGAAUAUUAAGCAUGAUGAAAUAAAUUUCGAUGAUACCUACGGUGUGUAUUGUUCGUGCGCGUUAUUUUAUUUUAUUCGAUUUUUUAUAUGUAUUUGAAUAGUAUUGGGAUCCUGAAACCACAGUAUCAAGAUCAACAAAAUGAUGAAAAUCACUAAAAUCAGUCGUGUUCUUCAUCUGCAUGACCAUCGUCGAUUCUAUUCCAGAGUACUAACACGCCGGAUUCUACCAUUCCAUUACCUCAUCUUCGAAAAGACAUUUGGUCGUGACCCGGAAAGUAAACCAUUAUUGAAAUCCCUUAUUAAUUCAAUAGUACGAGAAGAGGAUCGUAUCACGAACAUAGAAAAACUGAGUCUUUUGGAGAAGCAGCUCGGUUUCCACUUAGAAGCCGUACAGGAACGCGAAUCGCCCGAAUUGAUAAAACGCUUCAAUAUUGAGAUCCAAGUCGCACAAGACGAGAACUACGACACUCGCGCUGUCCAGUCCAUGUCAAAAUAUCAUUCAGACUGCUUGGAUCAGUUGGGUCCCCGAGAUUCCUACAAGAAUUCCUCGAUGCCGAAAACUAUUAGUAUACAUUUAUCAAACCAUAGUAUUCUUCCUGCUCAAUAUCCGUUCCAUACCGAAUUCAUUUUAAUGGAACGUAACACAAAGAUGCAAUAUCCGUCGGAGUGUGUUACGAUGCAUGUACUGGAAUUCGAUAAAUGCAAAGCUGAUGUCGAUUCGUUGAAAACGCCGCUGGAAGAAUGGUGGGCGUUCUUUAUGAAGACAUAUAAAUUUCUACAUGCAGAUGAAGUAGAUUUGAUAAAAACCUUUAAAACCUCCGAAGUUCGUACCGCAUUACAAAAUAUAGAAGUGAUGAGAUUUACAGACUACGAAUUGAAUUUUUAUGAUUCCCAUUUGAGACACGUUGACAUGAUAAAAAUGGAAGCAACAAUGGAAAUGGCUCAAAGAAUGAUUGAAAUCGGUUCGGAUAAUCAGUUCAUAGCCAAAAUUACCGGCCUCGAAUUCAGUGUAAUCGAGGAAAUGCGGAAUAGUUAGCGGUACGCAGGCGUUUUUUCAAAGCCAAAAGUCCGUGGGUGCUGUUUUGUUUCUCUAGAUUAGGCUAUAUCAAUGGCCAUUCAUUGGAACUUUAUUUUUCACUUUUUAAGUAACAUGUUGUAAUUUUAAUAGUGAAUUUUUAAAAUAUAUUUUCAAUGGAUGCUAUACAA